AUGCCAUCUGCAAUGGGUGAUGGUCUCACUGGAGUUCUAAGCGAGAUUCGCAAGAUGAAAAGCGGUUUAAUAGGUGAUGAUUUGGCGAAAUUGAGCUUAUUCAAGGAGAGACCGGAUGUGAUAACAGAUGUCCUUGGAAUUGCUUUGGAAACAAAUUGCAACGUCUCGCAUGCCAGUUCUCAAAAUCUAAGCUUUCAAGCUUUGGAGUUCUUGCUGAUAUUGCUAAACAUGGGUCAAGAGGCGAAGCAGGAAAUAGGGUCUGAAUUUAGCAGUAUCGUUGAUUUGGUUUUCACCAGACUUCGCUUCCAAGAAGAAGACUCGUCUUUAAUAAGUCUUCAAAAAGCCCGGCUUGUCAAUAUGUGUCUUGGAGACUGCGAUGAAUUCGGGUUGGAGAAUUCGAUUCUGAUGACUAGCCUGCGGGCAACACUUGCAUGGUACGUUCAUGAAAGGACUUCUAAGCAGUGUCUCGAACACUACAAUACGAUAAUUGUAGAGCUGCUUACUUGCACUAUGAAACAAAAUUACGAAGAAACCAACGCGGAUCUUCUCUCUGCUACCCAUGCUCUUUUGCUCAGACUCUCUAGCAAAUACCAAUAUCUAUUGCUGUUCAAAUAUAUCACAGCCGAAACCAAAGCGUCUAGAAGCUCACAUCAGUAUGAGCCAUUUAGUUCUAAAAAAACGGGAGUGCCGUCCCUACCUACACUUAACACAUGUCCUAAUGCGAUAGAUAUUCGAGAUCCAUCGGACAGGUCCAUCCUCUAUUUGUCUCUCAACAUCUAUAUCAAAAUGCUGAGUCUUGCUGACAGUACGACUUGUAGAAGUGUUGAUUUGUGGGGUAACGAAGGCUUUGUCGUAUUCAUGAGCAGUUUCUUGAAAAGCGAUUUUAUGACACUCCGAUGUGCCUCUAUCAAAUUCAUGGUGUAUCCUUAUCUCUGUGCGUCCACUUUCAAGCCAGCGGAACAGCCUCUUCAAUUAUGGCUACCACAUCUUUGCGAUUGUCUUAAUUAUGAUGAUUUACCAUGGUGGUUUGACCCGUUUGACAUUCUCACUCGUCUCGUCAAUCAUUUCAAUGAGAUUUGCCCGCAAAGCAAUCCUAUUUCUGACUUCCUACUAGAUACGAAUCUCAUGAACUCAGUAGUUCGUCUUCUCGCCAAGUGCCUCGGUCUGCGAAAUCGAGAUAAUGGUCCUUUGAAGGUCACGGAACAAUUAAUUAGAUUAUGCGCCUCCCUCACAAGCUUUAGCGAGACAACACGAAGACGCCUGUUUACUAACAAAUCUCUAUUACAUCAUGCAGAAGCGGGAUUGGAAUCACAUUUGAAACUUAUUGACAGUUUUGUUACUCACAAAGAUAUUCACAGGUCUUUGCUAGAGAUUAGGGACCUUCCACCUUUUUAUGAUAGUGACUGCACACUCUCUUGGGUUCUGCUUCUCAAGUCAUUUUCUAGGAGUGUCACUGCUCUAAGAACAUUUUUGAAACGCAACAGACUCGCAGAGUUGUUGUUAGAUCUGGUAAAGAGCAUAUUUCUUUUAACCGAAGAUAAAAGCUAUAGUGGAAGUGGCUUACUAGACGCAGAACUGAAAAUAAUGAGUGCUGCACUAGGAAUCCUUUCAAAUUUCGUUGUGGAAUUUUCCAAUCUACAAUCAUACAUUGUUGAGAACGGCAUAAUUGAUGUAGUCGGGAAAAUACUGAAAAGUCCGCUCUUCAACGAGACUGUCAGAUCUGCUUCCGCGGACGACCUUAAUUAUUCGAUUCCUAUGUGCGUCGCGGAGGUACAAACAAAUGCAUUGUGGGUCCUGAGACAUCUGAUGUACAACUCACAUAAUGACGAGAAACUGGAGCUGCUUUCGAUUAUACCUAUGGAGGUUAUACUUCAGUUUGUGAAUAACGGUAAUUGGCUGGUCCAAGAACAAUGUUUCCAGCUGCUUAGGAACCUCACUUGUAAUUCUCGGAAAGUUGUGAACAUUUUGCUGGAGAAUUUCAACGACCCCCAGCCAGCUCAUGAGCCCAACCAGCGUUCUGGAUCUGUCAAGUCGACAUACUUAUUCGAAUAUCUGGCCCACAAGCUGCGAUUACUAGACUCAAAAGACCCAAACCAAGGAAAGACAUUAGAAGGCGUCUUAUACAUCAUUGUCAACAUCACUGCUAUCAAUGAAAGUAAGAGGCAAAUGGUUAUUGAGCAAGACGAGGUUCUUUGGUUUAUUAGCGAAGUUUUGGCCGAACACAAUGGAGGAAGUGCCGAAUUUGGCCACACGAAAGGAGAUCUGCAAGUUGCGUGUUUGUGGAUUCUUACAAAUCUCAUAUGGGCAUCUACAACCUCAAACUUCCUCUUCUACGCAACAGAGCCGCACCCUGUCUUGGAGGCGACCGAAACACAAGCAUCUGGUUCCAACUCAAGUGCUGGCCACGGCGUUCGGCGAGCCGACAAGGAACAAGCGCAUGACAGUGGCGGGGCUUACGACGACGAAGAAUUAAGUGACACCUACGAAGACGACGAAGAUGAUUCGCAAGAGGAUGAAGAUGAAGACGACGGUGACGUGGAACUUGGCGAAGAGUCCGAAGGUUCCGCAUUUGUCACCAGUGCCGUCGGCCACCCCGAGGAGUUCGAAAGGCCGAAGACUCUGAAUGCUCCAGCUAAACUCAAGAUUUUCGCAGCUCAACGGUGCUCGAAACUUGUCAAGAUGGGCUUAUACGAUCUUGUGAAGCUUAAAACUUUAGAGACUGACAUACCAGUUCGUGAACAAGCUAAACUGCUCCUAUUCCACAUGGACUUGCUUCGUAAAGGCGCCUAA